UGGGGAUUGUACUUGGAGACCAGAGAGGAGCACUUUACCGUUUCAUCCUGCAGAGUUGAAAGCAAACUCUCACCCACCUGGCUUGUUUUUGCCCUUUCAAGUGCGGUGCCACUUGCAGAAAACGCACUCGGAGUCGGGCAGAAACUCGUGCGUAAAGCCACUACAAAUCGGUUUUACGCACAGGAGGCAAAAGAGAAUCAGCAGUAGUUUAUUCUGUGUACUUCUCCCAUUUGAAAGACUUUGAUCAUCCGUGCAAGGUGAAGUCCAUUUAGAGACUUUUCCUCUCGCGAGAAAGCAGAAAUAACUCCCCCGUUUCACGCGUAAUUUGGCACCAACCAGUUUUUCGUAUGAAUCUCCUCGACCCUUACCUGAAGAUGACGGAGGAACAAGACAAAUGUCUCUCUGAUGCCCCGAGCCCGAGCAUGUCCGAGGACUCCGCGGGCUCCCCGUGCCCGUCCGGCUCGGGCUCCGACACCGAGAACACCCGGCCAUCGGAGAACGGGCUGCUCGGUGUGGACGGAGAGUUCAAGAAGGACGAGGACGAUAAGUUUCCCGCUUGCAUCCGCGAGGCUGUGUCCCAGGUGCUCAAGGGCUACGACUGGACCCUCGUGCCGAUGCCGGUGCGCGUUAACGGAUCUUCUAAGAACAAGCCACACGUUAAGAGACCGAUGAAUGCCUUCAUGGUGUGGGCGCAGGCUGCGCGGAGGAAGCUGGCGGACCAGUACCCGCACCUGCAUAACGCGGAGCUCAGCAAAACUCUGGGAAAACUCUGGAGACUUCUCAACGAGGGGGAAAAACGGCCGUUUGUAGAAGAGGCUGAGCGGCUCCGGGUGCAGCACAAGAAAGAUCACCCCGACUACAAAUACCAGCCCCGGCGGAGGAAGUCGGUGAAGAAUGGACAGAGCGAGUCGGAGGACGGCAGUGAGCAGACGCACAUUUCCCCAAAUGCCAUCUUCAAAGCUCUCCAGCAGGCGGACUCCCCAGCCUCCAGCAUGGGAGAGGUGCAUUCUCCGGGUGAGCACUCAGGCUCCCAGGGCCCCCCUACCCCUCCCACCACCCCAAAGACUGAUGUCAGCACAGGCAAGAUGGACCUAAAGCGCGAAGGUGGCCUCCGCUCUCUGCCCGAUGGCCCCGGUGGUCGCCAGCUCAACAUCGACUUCCGCGACGUGGACAUCGGAGAGCUGAGCAGCGAUGUCAUCUCCCACAUCGAGACCUUUGACGUCAAUGAGUUCGACCAGUACCUCCCACCAAAUGGGCACCCUGGCUCUGCUAGCGGCCCUGGCAACACCACGCCGGUCUCCUACACCGGCAGCUACAGCAUCAGCAGCGGCGCCCCGGUCAGCCCGCAGGCGGGAGCAGCCUGGUUGGCAAAAAGCCAAAACCAACAGGGACAGCAGCCGCACACUCUGACCCCCCUGGGGGGCAGCGGGGGCUCAGAGGCAGCUCAGGCGCAGCACAGGACCCAGAUCAAGACGGAGCAGCUGAGUCCGAGCCACUACACUGAGCAGCAGGGCUCCCCGCAGCACGUCGCUUACAGCCCGUUCAACCUGCAGCACUACAGCCCCCCCUCCUCCUCCUACCCGGCCAUCUCCAGGGCGCAGCAGGGGUACGACUACCCCGACCACCAGGGGGGCACAGCCGCCGCCUACUACAGCCACGCAGGGGCGGGGCAAGGCUCGGGGCUGUACUCGACUUUCAGCUACAUGAGCAGCCCCAGCCAGAGGCCCAUGUACACGCCCAUCGCCGACAACACAGGGGUGCCGUCCAUCCCACAGAGCAGCCCGCAGCACUGGGAGCAGGCGCCGGUUUACACCCAGCUCACCAGACCCUGAGAGACAUGUACAGCCACACAGAUCUGACUCCAAGAACACUUUACCGCAGGGAGAGUUCACCUGCAGAUCUGCUUCCUGAAUCAGACACUUGAAGAAGAGGAGACUUGUGAUUGGCUCACGGCGUGCCUUGUAUCUUGAUAGAAACUAUAUAUAUAUUUUUAGAGAGAUGAAGAGACUUAGGAAAAUCCUCUGUGAGGACUUAUUGAUUGUUGAUAUUUCAGUAGUGUUUGUUUCCUUUUUUCUCAUGUGCUGGCAGUUUAUAA